AUGAAAGGAGAACGGAAACGCCCUCAGAGGCACGACAGGGACGCAGAUAGAGAGCUGGCGUUGCGCCUCCACAACGAAGAAAAACAGGAGCUUCGAGGUUUGCGUCGCCAGACCCGAACUUCUGCGGAUAAAGCUGUUGUGGAAGACGCAACAGUGAUGGGUAGACCAUGUGAGACAGUCACUGGAUUGGAUUCUUUUCUGAGCUCCUGUCUAAACGAAACAGGCCGACAUUCACGCCCCCGAGCGAGCAGGAAAAGAACAGUUGAGAACGCUUUUGAGCAUUUUUCUGUCGCAAAAUAUACAGAAAAGCAUGCAAAACUCGAACCUCGCAAGCAAGGUACCAGCGCCCUACCCAUAGACGAGAUUCAGACUGUGCCAAUCAAGGACCUCGAUCAGUUUCCGAGCUGUGUUGGAGUUGCAGAGAACCAGAAAACCUCAAGCAGUCUUCGUAGGCAGAUACGGGAGCAAAUUAGGCGCUUGAAUGAUGGAUACUACAUCAACUGUGAUCUUCGUUACUUCAACCUUGCGUACUUGCGUGAAUGUGUGGGGAAUUUCGACGUGGUGCUCAUUGAUCCCCCGUGGCGCAUCGCGGGCGGCCAGCGAGCGAGCACGCCGAAUGGACCCAUGUUCACCAAUAAUCACUGGGCAGUCAACUAUAAUACGUUGUCCAAUGAAGAGAUUCUGGAUUUGGACAUUGGAUGCCUCUCGAAUAGUGGUCUCUGUUUCCUCUGGGUCGUCUCAUCCCAGCUGCCAACAGGUAUGGCCUGCCUCUCGCGCUGGGGCUACGAAUACAUUGACAAAAUCACGUGGAUCAAGAAGCGCCAGGGGAAGCUCCACGUGAGCCACGGGUAUCAUUUCAUGCAUUCAUCUGAAUUGUGUCUCAUUGGGGUCAAGCGGCCCUGCGAAUUCAUUGGAAAAGUUUCAAACGAUCUCAUUUUCGCAGAGGUGCGUGAAAAAAGUCGCAAACCAGAUGAAUUGUACCAUGUUGUUGAGACAAUGCUUCCAGGUACUGCCAAGAUAGAGCUUUUCGCUCGGAACCACAAUAUUCGCAGAGGCUGGCUGAGUUUGGGUAACGAGCUCGGUGAGCAGUUCUGCGACUGGUUCAAUGACUUCGAAUGUGACAUGUGCGGAGCACGCAUUCAUUUCGGUGAGAGGCGGUACAAAGCGAAAAAUCGACCCAAUUCGGACUUUUGUCGGGACUGCUAUCUGGAAGCAAUUUCCGCAGGAGUGACAACGGAAACAGAGUGGUUCGAGCUGGCUAAUGAUGCCGCAGAUCCUGUCUAUCAUGAGUACUACGAGUGCAAUCAUUGCAACAUCUAUCCCCUUUGGGGAGUCCGCUUUCAUAGAGACCCAGACAUGGAUCUUUGUGAGCAGUGCUAUGAUGAGCUGGUAGCCAAUGACGCGGAAACAGAGGAUGCGUCCAAUAAUGCACGCACCAGCAGCCCUGACGACUGGACUGCGAUCGAGUCUCCUAUUUGCGGCGGCUCGUUACCUGUCCACCGCAAUAUUCGCUGUUCAUCCUGCCUCCAGUGUCCGAUCAUUGGAUACCGCUUCUCAUGCACCUGCUGCGAGAAUUUAAGCUUGUGUCAAAAAUGCUUCUUUCAACAAAAAUGCCCCAAAGGGCACAAUGCAGAUCAUGACAUAGUGAUCAUUGUCGAUUCUGAGGCCGCACUGAACGCGCUUGUUCGGUGCGAUGGAUGUGGAAUUCGCCCCAUCCUUGGUACGCGAUACAGAUGCAAUACCUGUUACGCCUUUGACCUGUGUGAGACGUGUUACAAGAAAGUUGAGCAAGGAGAAUACGAUUUGCAACAGGUUUCUCAAAAGAAGUUAGCGGAACACAAUCGAUCUCACGCGUUUUCAGCGAUUCCCGUCUCAGCCUGA